AAGUGUUAUUAUAGGACGAUGUACAGCUAGAACACAGAUAGCAUGCUAGCAAGGAUAAGCGCAGACGACGUCCCCCGGAAGCUGUUGUUCUUCUUCGUGGCAGGAGGAGACUGUUGCUCAGUGCCACGUUGAUGGAGUCAGUGGGGACGUGGAAAUCUGUCUUGAGUUCGUAGCCGGGACCCGGUAGCCUCUGCUCGCUUCCACUGCCUUUAACCCCGGAGCAAAACCGAAAGGGGAACCUGGAACAAUCACAAGUGUUGGAGGGCUAUUUUGUCACCUAUUUUAUGUUUGGUUUGAUGUAAGAGACAGCAAAGAAGGUAAAAGAUGAAACUUAAAGAGAUCAACCGCACAGCCAUCCAGAGCUGGAGCCCUGCACAGCACCACCCCAUCUACCUGGCAACAGGAACAUCAGCCCAGCAGCUGGAUGCCUCCUUCAGCACCAAUGCCUCCUUGGAAUUUUUCGAGCUGGACUUGACUGAGCCAUCUCUGGACAUGAAGUCAUGUGGCAGCCUCUCCUCCUCUCACAGAUACCACAAACUGGUUUGGGCUCCCUAUGGAAUGGAUGACCAAAGUCACCCCUCUGGGGUCCUUAUUGCAGGAGGCGAGAACGGCAACGUCAUCCUGUACGACUCUGCAAAAAUCAUGGCCGGAGAGACCGACGUGAUCAUUGCUGAGAGUGACAAGCACACCGGGCCAGUGAGAGCUCUCGAUGUCAACCCCUUCCAGACAAACCUGGUUGCAUCAGGUGGGAACGAGUCUGAAAUCUACAUCUGGGACAUGAACAACUUUGGCUCUCCAAUGACACCAGGCCCUAAAACUCAGCCUGUGGAAGACGUCAGCUGUGUGUCGUGGAACAGACAGGUCCAACACAUCCUGGCCUCUGCCUGUCCGAGUGGCCGAGCCUCAGUGUGGGACCUCCGCAAGAAUGACCUCAUUAUCAAAGUUAGCGACCACAGCAACAGAAUGCAUUGCUCGGGGCUGGCUUGGAACCCAGAAGUGGCCACUCAGCUGGUCUUGUCAUCGGAGGACGAUCGGAUGCCGGUCAUCCAGAUGUGGGACUUACGUUUUGCUACUUCUCCUUUCAAGAUUCUAGAGAACCACACACGGGGCGUCCUGGCCAUCGCCUGGAGCUUGGCUGAUCCUGAGCUGCUCCUGAGCUGCGGGAAGGACAACAGGAUUCUGUGCUGGAAUCCAAACACAGCAGAGGUGCUGUAUGAGUUGCCCACCAGCAAUCAGUGGUGCUUUGACAUCCAAUGGUGUCCCAGGAACCCCGCGGUGCUGUCGGCUGCAAGCUUUGACGGACACAUUAACAUCUACUCCAUUAUGGGAGGCACCAACCAGGCGCAGAGCCAGAGACACGCUGACCAGAUCAGCAACUCGUUUGGGAACAUGGAUCCUUUUGGGACAGGACAAACUUUGCCCCCGCUGCAGCUGCCCCAGGCUCCUGCCCCGCCAGCUACAGUCAACCCCCUGAAGAAGCCACCCAAGUGGAUCCGCAGACCUGUAGGAGCCUCGUUUGCUUUUGGGGGGAAGCUGGUGUCUUUGGAGAACCCAAAGCCGAACCCACAGCAGCCUCAGCAGCCCGCUUCACACGUCGUACAUGUCAGCCAGGUUAUCACAGAAACAGCCUUUCUGAAGCGCUCCGAUCAGCUGCAGGCCACUCUGAGUGCAGGCAGCUUUGUGGAUUUCUGCCAGGGAAAGAUCGAUGCAGCUGAAAAUGAGUUUGAAAAAACUCUUUGGUCUUUCCUCAAGGCUAAUUUUGAAAGUGAUAUCCGAAGCAAGUACCUGGAACUUCUGGGGUACAACAAAGAGGAGCUAGCCUUAAAGAUUUCAGCAGCACUAGAAGAAAAGCCUGCUGAACCUCCACAGGUGGAGGUUCCCGCUCCAGUCAGCCUGCAGCCUUUACCCGACAUCAGCCUCAUGCCGCCUACUGACCCCCCCGAGGCAGCGUUCAAUAUGAUCGCUGCCGCAGUCGUGCCGCCUGUGGACAAUCCCGAGGCAGCGUUCGACAUGAUCGCUGCUGCAGUGGUUCCGCCUGUGGACAAUCCCGAGGCAGCGUUCGACAUGAUCGCCGCAACAAACCUUCAGCCUGCUAUGGCCACAAUGGAAAUAGACUCCAUUCCUGAUCCUGAAGAGCCAGCAGCAGCAGAUCCAGAGGACGCUCCUACCAGCAAACCGGAAGAAAAUGUGGACCAGGUUCUUCCAGAGGAGGAAGCAGUGGAAGAGGAGAUCCCCUUGGAGGAGGAGGAGGAGGAGACUGCAGCACCAGAUGAGGAGGAGGAGCGGAGUCCUCCUGAGACCUCAGCUCCAGCUCCAUCCCCAGCUCAAGCUCCGUGUCAGACUCCAGCCCCAGCCCCUACAGAUGGAGUCAGUCUCAGCAUCAGUCAAGAUGUAGACGGGCUGAUCACACAGGCCCUGCUGACCGGAGACUUUGAGGGAGCUGUGGAGCUCUGUCUCCAUGACAACCGGAUGGCAGACAGCAUCAUCCUGGCCAUCGCCGGAGGGGUCGAGCUCCUACAGAAAACCCAGAAGAAGUAUUUUACGAAAACGCACAGCAAGAUAACCAAGCUGAUCAGUGCAGUGGUGAUGAAGGACUGGCAUGACAUCCUGAAGACAUGUGACCUGCAGAGCUGGAAGGAGGCGCUGGCUGCGGUUAUGACCUACGCUCAGCCCGAGGAGUUCUCUGCCCUCUGUGACCUUCUCGGGGGCAGACUUGAGGCAGCAGAGGACGCCCAACUCCAAGCCCAGGCCUGUCUGUGUUACAUCUGUGCUGGAAAUGUGGAGAAACUUGUGUCUUGCUGGACCAGAGCACAAGAGGGCCACAGUCCACUCUCUCUCCAGGACCUGGUGGAGAAGGUGGUGGUGCUGCGGCGUGCAGUGGAGCAAACCCAGCACUCUGGUCCCACUGCCAUUGGCAUCCUGCUGGCUGAGAAGAUGAGCCAGUAUGCCAACCUGCUGGCCUCCCAGGGCAGCCUGUCCACCGCCAUCACCUACCUGCCUGACAACACCAACCAGGUUUCCGUACAGCAGCUCCGUGACCGUCUCAGUCGGGCUCUGGGGCAGCAAGCGGCGACGGCUCCUGCAGCUCCGGUACCAAUCCAAAGAGCUCAGCCUCAGCCGCGUGCCCCGACUCAGACGCAGCACGCCUCAGCCCCGCCCCAGCAUACGUUCACUCCCAUCCAGCCCGCCAUGGUGCCUCAGCCCACUGCAGCAGCUCCAAUGCCCAUGCCGACGCCGGCCGCCUCGGCCCCUGCACAGCCACAGUAUUACCAGCCUGUGAGGGCUGCCUCCACUGUCACCUCCUGGAGUAACCAAACUCCCACAGCCCUCCCCAAUGUCCCUCCUCCUCCUCUUCAAGUAGGCAGAGCCUCAGAGCAGCAGGUGGAGCCUCCAGGCCCCAUGUAUGGGAUGCAACCGUCCUGCACAGCUGCUCCACCUCCACCCUCCUCCACUCCUGGGUACAUGUACUCCCAACAGUAUCAGCCCUACCCCCAGGUCAGCCAGUAUCCACCUGGAGCUGGGGGGGCGUCUACCUAUCAGCCUCCUCAGUACUCCUCCUCCGCUGCUGCUCCUCCUGCAGAGCCCCCCGGCUUUCUCUCUCAGUACACACAGCCAGCAUCUCCGGUCUAUCCCGGGCAACCUCCCAUCCACCAAUGCCUGCCCUCCUCUCCUCCCUCCCAUCCUCCUUUCUUUCCCACCGCCGCCUCCUCCUUUUCUGCUCCUCCCUCCUCCGGAGCGUCUUUCCAGCAUGGCGGGCCGGGAUCUCCUGUGUCUCUUCCUCCACCGAGUGGAGUCUCAGGGCCUCAGAAUGGCUGGAAUGAUCCUCCAGCACUGAACAGACCAUCGAAGAAGAAGCCGGCUCCAAUGAACUACGCCCCUCCUGCUCCCAUCAUGGCUCCGCUGGGCGCUGACCCCCAGGCCCAGCAAGGGCUCUCUGGGCCCCCUCAGGCCAUGGGCCAGCAUGGAGCCCAGGUCCCCUACUCAGGCAUGCAGCAGCAGCUCUCCCCUCCACCCAUGAACCCUGCAAUGCCCAAGACCAGCAUGGAGGGGGCACCAGGAGCGCCCACUGGAGAUGUUAUACAGCCUCUGCAGUCCAUCACUGCUGAGAAGAUCCUGAAGAAGCCCAUCCCCGAUGAGCACCUGGUCCUGAAGACCACAUUCGAGGGACUCAUCCAGAAGUGCUUGGCUGUAGCUACCGACCCUCAAACUAAGAGAAAGCUCGAUGAUGCCAACAAACGUCUGGAAGCACUCUACGACAAACUCAGAGAGCAGACCCUCUCUCCCGCCAUUGUCGGAGGACUUCAUAACAUGGCCAGGAGUGUCGAGGCGCGGUCCUACACGGAGGGCCUCAGCAUCCACACCCACAUAGUCAGUAACAGCAACUUCAGCGAGACGUCGGCGUUCAUGCCCGUGCUCAAGGUGGUGCUGACGCAAGCCAACAAACUCGGGGUGUGAUGGGGCCGAGAGUCCUCUGAGUCUUUGACCGGUGGACGGAGCAGAGUGGUGGUCAGUGGUCAAGCUCGUUUCACAGGGAGCUCCAUUUUGACCCGCAGCGCAAGUGACGAAGAAUUCCGAGAUGUAUGAAAGUCCUGUUAAAUUCUUUGUGCCAUUCAUGAUUUCUGUUGCAAACCAACAGACGCAACACAAGCCAUGCUAUCAGUCGCACUCAGUGGUGAAAGUAACGUCUGAGCCCUGUGCCAACAAACGCACACAAAGGAUAAACGGCUGGGGACUAGUUUUAUUUAAAUCCCACUUUAGGCUACAUUUACACUUAGAUUUAAAAAUGAUUUUCUUUUGCUUUGUUUACGCCUUGCGUACUACUACUACUACUACUACGUAACUAAUGGACUAAUGGUGUUAAUAUGGACAGAGAUGGGGCGGACUCUAGCUCACCAUGUGAGAGCAUUCGUUCCAUGUUCAUCCGCUGUCACUUUAAUAAAGGGAAAAGCCCCCCAAAAAUUGAAAAAAUAACAUGGACGGAGAUUAGUUCUGCUACCGCAGCUAAAACUCUUGGACGGAGAAAAAUGGAAAAAUGCUUAAAAAUGGAAACCUAUUUGUGUGGAUGUAGCCUUAAUCUGCCAACAUGCUAACAACUUACACAAAAUGUUUGUUUAAUUCAGAGUUUCAAUAAAUAUGCAGUAAUUGUAUUGAAGUAAGUCCAAAAUGGCAAGAAAAAUAUAAGGAAGGCACAGCUUUAGCAUAUUGACUAAGGACAUGAAUAAGGAAUUUAUAAACUGGCAAAAGUAGGAAAAGCAAUGGGGAAAUUCAGGAAUCUUAAGGGCAUUUCUUUCUAUUUGUGUUAAGGUGAUCAAAAUAAAUGUAGUAUGGUUAAAGUUAAAUCUUUUGGCUCACAACUGCAC